GUCUCAUCUAUCUGCCCCUUGCUCUUCCUCAAGGCUGCGACUAGUAGCGAUAACAGUAUAUAUACUUUAGUGCGCUGCAUUUCGAACAAUUAAAUGUGAAUGGUAUCAGGUAACAAAGACCCCUCGACACUCCAACCGAUUACAUACCAUCACGGACCUGAUAAGCCCAGAUAGCCAUGGCACUGGGUUCUACAAUGGUCGCAACAUAUAUAAAUGUCGAGGCAUCGGAGCGCCUAUUCAAGUCUCUACCACAGGACACUAUCCGUUUAGUGCACCUCCAGCCGGGCUCAGAUGCUGAUGAUAUUGUAUGCCGUCUUGAACAGCCCAAGCUGCUCAGCGAGUCUCUGUCAUAUAACGCGCUCUCGUACAUGUGGGGAACCUUUGACACGGAGGAAUAUAUUUAUCUCAGGCACACAAUAUCUGAAAGGUUCCGCGUCACACCGAGAUUAGCGCUGGCUCUGCGCAUGCUAAGGGACAGUAAGACCGAAGUGACCUUUUGGAUCGAUGCGUUAUGCAUUAACCAAACCAACAAGGCCGAACAGGCCGAGCAGAUUCCGCUCAUGGGUAGGAUCUACAGGGGAGCGCAACGGGUAGUCGCCUUCCUCGGCGCGCAUAAGGACGGAAGCCAGGAGCUGUUCGACUUUCUAAAGGACAUGGAAGCCCCGGAGAGGUUUGAAUGGGAUUUUGAUGUUUUAUGCGGACUGCAACCUGCUGAGCGCACGCUCCUCGGCCGCCAGUACUGGCAGCGUGCUUGGAUUGUGCAAGAGCUGGUGUUGGCCUCUGAAAUAUAUCUCCAAUGUGGCAAGGACAGGAUCUCCUUCAAAACAUUAAAAUGGUUCCAUGACAAAUUUGUGAAUGAGCCUAUAAGACUGGAGAUCUCCAAGGAGGAUACCAGAGAUAAUAUUCGUGACAUCAGCUAUCUAAACACAUGGCACAGGCGGUUCGACCAGCUUGCAUCCACGAAGUCAGACCUAUCUAUAGACAGUUUCCUCGACGGCUUUCUGGAAAGCCAGUGCGGGAAUCCGCGAGACCACAUCUAUGCAUUCUACAACCUGCUCCCUCGCAAGCUUCAGCAACAAAUCAGUAUUAACUACAACACCCCGGCUGAUGAAGUCAUUCGCCAGGCGAUGAAGGCAAUCAUUAAAGUGACCCAGUGCCUAGAUAUAAUUACUCUACGAUCGAGACAGGUUCAGUCGGCAGGACAGUGGCAGGAUGCUCUCCCUUCGUGGUGUCCAUUCCUAGGCGUGCCGUAUAUGACCCCUACCAAGUCUGCCGACGAUGAAGAGGACCUGCGCAGCCGUGGGAGCUCAAGUGACGGGAUACCCACUGUUUCAUUCCUAGAAAAUGGGACAUUGCUCCGCCUCGAAGGCUUCGUCCUCGGCAGAAUCUGCGAGAGACUUUCCCGCCAUCCUCCAGCGACUUGUCCGUUCGAGAACCUUAAGCCUGAUAAUGAGGACAGACUCUACCAGGAGGGACGCUACGCUUACGAGUGCAUUGAAUUUAUCAGACGACCAGACCGCCGCGGCAAGGUCGAUUUGGACGAAACAGUUCUCGGUACGGCCCUUGACAGCACCAGUAGCAAUGGUUUGCUUGCUUGUCUGGAAACGACAAAGGGAACCCAACCGAAUCAGUUCACAACACCCCAGAUUGCCCAGAUGAAUAGCUUUUCGCGGUCCUUCCACGGAAUGCAGCUAUGCACGUUCAGCUGUGAUAAUGUAAUAAGUGCUGGAGGAGUAAACCCUGCUCUAAAUUGGCUUGAAGAAAAGGAAGGGGAGGAGGUAAUCCCGGUUGAUUUCGCCAUUGUUCCACAGGCGGCGCGCAAACACGAUAGGUUAUGCGCCAUCCAAGGCUGUCACCAGCUCGUGGUCCUUCGCCGGGUUUACCGCCCACGGCGUCGAUUUUACCGCUCACGGUGUCGAUUUUACAGCCCACGGCAUCAGUUUUACAGCCCACGGUGUCGGAUUUACAGUGUUGUUGGCGGAGCAAAACUCUAUGACAGGACGGGCCAUGAUAUCAUUUCCUGGGUUGGUGUUGACAGGCUCAGGACAUUUACCCUAGUAUAAACCUUAAGUAUUGGCUAGUGAUUCAUAAACCCCUCCCAAAAGCAGCGGCAUCUGUAUUAGGAAGUUGGCCAGCGAGCGGCGAACAACAUCUCCUAGAUAUACCUAUUUACAGGCUUCGCGGAUCAUGAUAUUCUGCAAGCAGGCGAUGUCAAGCAUAAUACCCAAGAUAACAUGAGAUGUUUUCCUAGAGCCCAGGACGCUUUUACUAAGAUAGAAUUCGAUAACAGACACAGGUUGGUAGAUGUUAGCUAAUAGUGCUUUGUUGAAUAUAUAGUACUUUAUCCCUAUUAGGGUGAACGC